CUAGCGGUGUGGUCUGUGACGGAAGAUAUUUUCCUAAUAGCUAAAACAAAGAAGUAUAUAAUAGUGUUUGGGGUUUAAGUUCUGAAUACAGGCGUUAAAAUAUUGGAUCGCGUGUAACUGAUGAUAUCUGAAGCUGACUGAAGCAGUAAAUAAAACGAAGAUCUUGUCACGUGAGUGAGUGCAUCUCGACCACACACACCAGCACCAGACUUUGCUCAGUAACCGAAGAUGGACGGGAGUGUGACAGUCAUCAGCAACCCCACCGUGUCCGUGCGGGUGACCAGCACCGUCAGCUCCUUCGAGAUCAACCGGAGAUUCAACCGCGGCUUAACGAUCGCAGAGUUUAAGAGUAAACUUGAGCUGAUUGUGGGAACCCCGGCUGCCUGUAUGGACCUCGAUCUAUUCAGCACUUCAGACAAGUUCUUACAGAAGCUAGACAACAAUGAAGCCCUGCUCGGCUCCUAUCAUGUGGAUGACGACUGCAGAAUACAUGUGACAGACCGCAGUGGUGCGCAGAGCGGAGAGUUCACUGAUUUGUCGAAGGUGGAGAAAUUCGAGAUCUCUGAUGAUGCAUAUGAAAAAAGGGCAGAUUCGAUACGGAGCUUCAAGAAGAAUAUGAAGUUGGGUCGUUUUAAUGAGGAAAGCAGGGUCAAGCAAGAAGAGUCUCUUGCUAAGAAAGAAGAGGAAGAGAAGGCAGUGGCUGAAGCCAUCGCUGCUGGAAACCGCUGUAAAGUCGAAGUUCCUGGGCAACCCACCAAGAUUGGCACCGUCAUGUUUGUGGGUACGGUAGAUUUCAAGCCAGGCCACUGGGUUGGUGUGAAAUAUGAUGAGCCGCUUGGGAAGCAUGACGGCAGUGUGAACGGGAAACGUUACUUUGAAUGUGAACCAAAAUACGGCGCCUUCGUGAAGCCCCUCUCAGUAACGGUGGGAGACUUCCCUGAAGAGGACUAUGGUUUAGAUGAGAUGUAAGACUCACUUGAUGAGUAGUCAGAAGCAUCUGAAGGAAGAUCCUCUUUCUUCAAGUCGUUUGACUCCAUGCAGUGAGACAUUUCUGCGGUAGAAGGUUUUCUGUCGUCAGUGCAGAUCAUUUUGUUUUAGGCUGGUCUGGAAGAGAUCAGUGAAAAUUCUACUUUAAUUUCCUGCAGGCAAACACAAGAAAUGAUCUUAAAUGCAUCUGUGCCCUGGCGACUGGAAGUAGUAAGGCAAAAGUGAGAACAUCAGUCGAGGUCAGAGUAAAAAAAAUCUAGUUGAGCUCUUAAAGCAUUCACUUGCAUGUGGAUUGUUCAUUAUUGAAUUCCAAAGUUCUGCAGCUAAUUUGAGCCCAGGCUGAAUCAUUUGACUUCAAACGAAACCAACUAACCACAACAGAAAAUGUUCUUCACGUUUUUUUGCAAUUCUGUACAGUCAUUCCUCCUUUUUAUGCAGCCUACUACAUUCUUAAACGUCAACAUGACUGUGUUUAGGGUCCUAGUCCCUCAUUCUCUUAGGCACUUUAGCGAUUAGCUCACAGAUGAAUUGUAUAAUAUAGAAUCCUGUGGCCUCAGUUUUCCAUGGUUCUGUAUUUUCAGUGAAAAUUACUGAAAUGUGAUGAAUUCUUGCCUUUUUUUUUGUGAAAAUUGGCAUGUAAGCUUUUUGAUGCAUGUCAAAUUCACAUUUAACUGAAAAGCCUUGUUUUUAUGGAGUUCUGUGUUUAGCUAAAUCUGUGUUUCAAAUAAAUCAAUACCAAUUUUGGACAACCUGCA